AUGGCGGAGAUCGACUGGCGACCAACCGUCGGCGACCCCCUGCCCUGGCUCCGACCGGCCGCCGCGCCCUCCUACAGCGGGCGUGUAGCCUCCUCGUCUCUGCUCGUCGAGCAUGUGUGUGACAAUGAAAGGGUGCACAACCACUUCUUUCAGAUUUUGUGUUUCAGUGGGGAUGAUCUAAAAGAUGCAAGUCUAGAGACCCUAAGAGAUGGCGGUAGAAUCAAGCAUCGAAACCGUGGCAUGGGCGGUGCAAGGACACUGAUCAUUAUUGAGCUAUUUCUGGACAUCGACAAGUCCGAAUGGAAAAGGUUGUAUUCAUCUGCAAGAAGCUGCAUCGGAAACGGCAGUAAGAUCAUAAUCACGAGCCGGUCCGACAAGAUCUCAAACUUUGGAACCACAGAACCCCUCAGAUUACAGUUCUUUACUCAAGAAGCAUACUGGUACUUCUUCAAGGUGCGUACGUUUGGGAGCACGAGCACGGAGGACCACCCGAAGCUCGCAGCAAUGGCCAUGGAAAUGGCCAGGCUGGCGAAUGGGUGCUUCAUAACUGCGACCAUCUUCAGUGUACUAUUGAAAGCAAAUUUUGACCACCGUUUCUGGAGCAUGGCCCUUGCAACCGUCAGGAAUUUUAUCGAGACGAACAUGUCAGUGUAUGGCGAGAGUUUCGCUGACCCCUGGCAGAUGGCGGAGCCAGUAUAUGUCAGGAGAGCAAAGAAAACUUCGUCUAAAUGGUUAAUGAUUUUUGGUGACUACCAGACAUGUGCUGCUGAAACUGAAGCUGAAGAUCACGAGAUGGUUAGCGUACAAGACCUUUUCCUUGGAAGCGUGAGGCCUCGAGGAAAAUUCAAGGUCCAUGCAUGGACAUCUCACCUGGAGCCUCACUACAAUUACAUAUUUCACUGUGAGAUUCAAAGACCACAGCGUCUGGUCGCCAGAAACAAGCGCUGUCGCCGAGCCGUCGCUCCGACCGGCCACCACGUCGCAGAGCCAGCUGCCCGUCUUCUGGUCGUGUACCACCCCCGUUGCUGCUCGCGGCUGUGGUUGGUCGCCGACGGCGGUCGCCGACGGCUCCAAGUACCUCGCCGCCUUCGAAUACCAUGCCGUGGUGCUUCAGUGAGUUUCCCACAAUCCAGUACUAUCUGA